AUGCCUGGUGCUGAGGGGCGUUCUCAUUAUAGUCAGUUGGAGAAUAUCAAGCCGCUGGUAGGUUUACGUGUAAAGCCGGAAGACAUCGAUCGUGGAAAGCGCUAUUUCUACGACCGUGAUGAGUUGUUGCGAAUCUCGCAACUUGCGGGAAGCUUGUCCAGGCCGAACGCGCUUUCCCCAGAAUUCAACGACGAGAAUAACAAAUUUGCGCCCGGGAAAUGGUUGCUCCAUCUCUGGGAGAAGCAAGAAAUUGAACAUGGCCCGCUGCGCGACGUGAGCCGCUUGAAGGUUGAUGCUGCCGAGGAGGCGAUUCUAUCCCCUCAACGACGAGGUUUUGCCAGCGGUUGUUGCCCGCCUGCUGACAAGAGCGAACCAGCGAAGAAAGUCUACCCCGGUUGGCAGACGAUGGACGUGAAGCCGCGUUGGAGCGAAGAUAAGAAAUUUGAGGAGCGCAACAAGAAAGGAAAAGACCGUGACGGUGAUGAUUGGAAGUUCAAGGGCCGGAAUUGGAGGGAAGAGGACAAAGCCAAGGCUGAUUUCAAGCUUCCAUUUCAAAAGAACGUUGAGAAGAAAGGCGCUCCAUUUUCCUACUUAAAGAAUGGUCGAGGGUCGCCGCCUGGUGGAAAUUCGCGUGAUUUCCGGCCGUCUUUUGGACGUGGACAGGAUGCUCAGCGCCGCCACCAUUAUCAAGAAGAGCGGCUGCCAGAAUGGGCAGAAGACGGACCCAGCACUAUGGAAGAUAUGAUUGAACUGAAAGGGUUCGAUGACCCACAGCCGAAAAGAAAAGACAAAAACAAGAAGCAGGCUAGCCCUGAGACGAGCUUGGAAAGUAUGACUAGCGGUCUGCAGACAAGUAUUCCGGAGUCCGAUGCUGAAUUUGCCGCAUAUCUGGGCAUCUUGGAUGCGAAUGUGCAACGAAUGGAAGCGCAGAAGAAGGAGCAGUCCACACCUACCGCCAGUCGUCUCAUCCGUUUCAUGAAGUCUCAGCAAUCGGAAUCAAUGGAAAGCGGUGCGCAGGUGACCACAAGCGACGAGUCCUUGGUCAGCCAGCCGCAGCAGCAGCAAUACCAGCCCAGCGCUAUCAUCCAGAAGCUCUUCCCUAGUGACCCGCCCACACCUCUUAGAUUGGACCACGUUUCUUCAUAUUCCACGCCAGCUUAUUACCCGCCGCCUCCGAUGCUCCCUCCUCCAGAGGAAUUCGAGAGGAUGAUCAUGGCAAAGUUAGCGCCUGCCGCCAAUCAUCAGGCUCAGCAGCGCCAAGAAAAUGUAAAUUCGUUCGAAGCUUGGCUGGCCAGAUUCGAGCGUGCGUCGGUCCUUAGACCCUAUGUGCGUUGGAACGAUGGCGAGGCCUAUAGUCUACAGGGAAUGAUUCCCCCACCAGAUCCGCGGGAGUGGCACGGUCCGAUUCCGCUUUUUCCGAUGAUGAAAUGGGAGCAAGUCCCAGUUGAUCAGCGGAUGCUCAUCGAGCAUAUGUAUCGCCAUUCGUUGGCUCAAGCGGCAACCAGCAGGGGCUGUGCCCCGACUCCUGAAGUCGCCGACCGUAUUCGGCAUGCCGCGAUUGAGCGUGUCAUUUUCAAUCUUAUCCGGAAGGCUGGACAGGACGCCGAGCAGCCUCAAUUCCAGCAACCCGGAUAUAAAAAUUUCAACCAUGGGGCAGCCUCCUUGGUCCCAGCGUCCGUCGCUCGGAACAUGAAAGCUGCGCAAGGCCCUCCGAUUUCGAUGCCUCAAGUCUCACUCAGCCAGGCCGUCAAUGAGCCACACCACCAUCCGCUCGGGCAGCUUGGAGUUCUUUCCGGAGUCACUGGAGAUCCAUCACACCAAAACCAUGACUUGGCUCGCAUACGUACAACCUACAACCACAUCCAUGGAGCUUUGAACAGUGGCCUGUCGAUGUCCGCCGGUCUCCCGCAAAUGUCCGAGGCACCUCAGCAUGGACACGCACCUGGACAGCAUCGUAUCGAUCCCCAGAUGCUUCUUCAUCUCCAACAACAACAAGUCAUGUACCAACAGCAUGUUCUCAACCAAAUGCGUCAGGCUCAGCUGCAGGCUCACCAGCAACAUCGGCGCUCGCCGCAGCUGCACCACCAGCAGCAACAGCCAUACAAUUCGCAGCAUGGACCACCGGCUGAUGACAUGAACCCUCUCGAGAAGCUACUUGCUAAUGCCGGGAUAAGAAGCAAUCAAGCACCAGCACCGCAGCCUCAACAACGUACCUUCAACCUUCCGCCCGCAGCUCUCUUUGCCUAUGCAAAUAAUGGUGCAGAAGCUUCCGGCAGGAUGCCAUCAACUGGCGUGCGACCUCCACAAGACGCCAUCACGCUGGAAGAGCUCGAGCGGCAAUACCCCAUUGACGGA